GCAGCGUGAGCGCGAGCGACUAACCUUGCUGGAGGAGCGAUGUGAGAUAACAGAGGAGGGCGGACUUCCACAAGGCGGAGGCGAAACGCAAGGAGGGGGGAAGUGUGAGUGGGUGAACGACAGUAUUGUGCCCCUUCGCAAUAUCUUGCUGCUUCCCCUCCCCCUCAAAGUCAGUACUGGGACAGACAUGCUAGUCACAUCUGUACACAUCGGGAGCACAGUCACUACACGCCAGCAGUCUGUGUGGCCGACAGCAGGCAAUGUCUUACGGUGUCUAUGUGUCUACACUACGUAAAUAAGCUCACAGGUUGAUGGAGACGCCGCCCUGGGGCAGGGGACAUGUGCUGGGCCGCGGUCCAGUCAUCUGUCUGUCCACUAGGGUCUCUAUCUGUCGCGAAGUGUGCAGUAAGCUCAAGACAGGAAUGCAUCUGCGAAGUGAACUAUCAUUACUACCUUGGGACAUGCAUCAGAUUAUAGGUUUAGAUUCCAGCGAACAUUUCACCUGAAGACAGGUGGAUGUGGCACCGAGACGGAUCUGCACAACAAGCGAACUUCUGGGAGAGCGUUCUUCAAGCAAGGAGGCUGGAGUCGUUUUCUAGGGUCGGACUCCCAUUGGGACUACCAGCUACAGCUUGGUGCUGAUGUCAACACAAAGGUGGUGGAGACUACGAAGAGGCUUUUAUAAGACAACAUUUUCCCCUUUUCUCGACAUUGGCAUGAUUUCUCUGAACGAAACUCAUGCCUGGCGAUGGCUUGGCACAGGAGCACCACAUUGAGGCUUCAGUGUAGGUUGGCGUACGGAUGGUCAGGUUAGUUCCAAUAAUGUCCUGCAAGGCUGAAUCUAUAUACAAGAUUAUCCAGUCCGUCGAAAUAUGUUUCUUUGAGGACAUCCCCCUGUCCAUUCGUCAGCAUCCCUUCUACAUACCACGUGGCUCGUACAUCCAGAGGUGGACGUGUUUCUUGCUUCCAAUAACAGUCACGAGAUGACUGUAUGUUGUCUCUACUGACGCCAGCGGAAGUGACAUCAGUGACAGGCAGCUAUGCUGUCGCUACUUCACCAUUUCGCUGGCAACCACUUUGUCGUGCGGAUGCUGUAAUGCUCAACGUUUGCAGGAUACCGUAUGGGUGGGAAGACCUCCAUCUGCACACCGACUGUUAGGUCUGACAGAUUAACUGGAAGACAAAGAACGAGAGAAGAUUAAUCCUCACUGUAACUUGGGAUUCGGCGCUGGAUCAAGACUUGUGUGAUGAACAUUCUGGAAGGAGGCUAGUAAUCAACCAGCAUGUACUGCAACGAAAUUUGCCCAGCAGUAGCUUGGAACUCUCGUCCUGAGACUUUCUGGAAGAGUACCGAGUGGAGCGUUGGCAUGAACGACAGACAUCCCCGGGAUGACUUCGCUCUCUGGACAUCGCCUCCUCAGCAAGGGGGAGCCAGUGACAUGACAAGUCAAGCAGCCACGCCCACAACAGACCCUCACCAAUCCAGGGGAUGCCAGUGGGGGCUGGGGGAAUCGGACGGACACAUCUCCCCAGGGCGUCGCUUCCACACCAGUUCCCCCCUCAGUGACCUGUUCUCUUCGACCACUGAGCCACAAGCGCGGGGCCCGUCCGGUUUUAAGCCGCCCGAUUCUCGCUCAUCGUUCCCCAACUUUCUUCUCCACUCAGCGGCCAGUAGGCUUGAAGGACUGGACCCGAGAUCAACCUUCUACAGGCCUUCAUCAGGUGAAGAUUCGUAUUUCAAGUGGAGUAAACCUCACACGUCUGAUCAUGCAGCUUGCAUGAUGUCAAGGGAUUUCUGGGGUGCCCUUGGAGGAGACAGUGGGGGUGUGGGCGGGGUGGGGGAGGUUCACCGCGGCAGCGUUGGAAGCGUGGCCAGCUACUGCCGCACCUCCAGCGCAGGCAGUCUCAGUGGACCCCCCACCCCCACCACCGGGGGACCUCCCAACGCCCCGGGGGCCGGACCCAACACCCCCUUGGUCAUCCCACAGCCCGUGAAGCCUCAGUCCCGCGUGAACAAGACCUAUCAGUGCAAGAUGUGUGAUCAGAUCUUCAACACCAAGUCCGACAUGCUGAUCCACUGUCAGCAGAUUCACAAGCAGGACCCCAAGCCCUACAAGUGUCCCACAUGCUCCAAGUGCUUCGCUAACUCGUCUUAUCUCUCGCAGCACGCACGCAUCCACUCCGGCAUCAAACCUUACAAGUGUGAGAUUUGUGAGCGCAAAUUCACUCAGCUGACCAUUCUGAAGCAGCAUAUCCGCAUUCACACCAAAGAAAAGCCGUACCUCUGCACUCAUCUGGAGUGUGGGAAGGCCUUUACCCAGCUAUCUCAGCUGCAGCAGCAUGUACGAACUCACACGAACGAAAGACCUUUCCAGUGCAUGUACAUGGGCUGCGGCAAGGCUUUUACUCAGCUAUCCAUUCUGAAGCAGCAUAUACGCACGCACACGAACGAAAGACCGUACAAGUGUAUGCAUUUUGGGUGUGACAAGGCUUUCACUCAGCUGACCAUCCUGCAGCAGCAUGUGAGAAUUCACACAAAAGAAAAGCCGUAUCAUUGUAUGUACCUGGGCUGCGGCAAAUCCUUUACUCAGCUGGCCCACCUCCGAGCGCACAUCCGCAUUCAUACUAACGAAAGGCCGUACAGUUGUAUGCACGAAGGGUGUGGCAAGUCUUUCACGCAGCUAACGCAGCUGAAGCAGCAUGUUCGCAUACACACGAACGAAAAGCCAUACAGUUGCACACACGAGGGGUGCGGCAAGACGUUCACUCAGCUCUCACAGCUCCAGCAGCACGUUCGCACUCACACGAACGAAAGACCGUACCGCUGCAUGCACCAGGGUUGCGGCGAUACAUUCAUUCAGCUGUCGCAUCUGCAGCAGCAUAUUCGUACGCACACUGGCGAAAAGCCGUACAAAUGCAUGCACCCCGGGUGCGGCAAGGCCUUCUCGCAGCUGUCUAAUUUGCAGUCUCACUCACGCUCACACAUGACGGACAAACCCUUCCGCUGCAACUCCUGCUACAAGUGCUACGCCGACGAGCAGAGCCUGAGGGAGCAUAUCCCCAAGCACUCGGACACAAAGCACCUGAAGACGCACAUUUGCCACAUUUGCGGCAAGUCCUACACACAGGAGACCUAUUUGACAAGGCACAUGGCCAAGCACUCCCAGGACCCCAGUAACCCCAACGGCAUGGGCCCCAAGCCUCUGCCCCACCCUAUCAAGCAGGAGCCUGUUGAGCCUAACGACCGGGACUUCAUGCCCCACCCCCAUGAUAAGUCGCCCACCGACCUGGGGCCCAGCAACACUGGCAGCACUGGCCCGGACGCCGGCGGCGGAAUUGGCGGAGGUGGGGGCGGAGGAGGAGGUCCGGGCGGCCCAGCAGGAACCCAGUGCGGGCGCAGCGUGUCCUCGGCGUUCAUGCCGUUGUCUCCGUUUCCUCCAACGACCUGCUCAAGCGCCAACACCGGCCCGAGCACUGCAGCCGCUGCAGCCGCCGCCUACCACCACUACGGCUCGGGGCUGGCCCACACGGGGCUGACGUCACCGCUGCCGCACAUCUCCUCCAUGGCCUCUCCCCGCUACUUCCCCUACGACCCCAUCGGCUUCCGCAAGGAUGCGCCUGAGCGCAACCUGAACAUGGGCAUGGGGCGAGACAGCAUGAUCGCCAACAGCCUGCUCAGCCUGCAGCACAUCAAGAACUACGCCUCGCAGCAGAUGCCCAGCUUCACCCCGACCUGCACCACCGCCUCGCGCCUGGCGUAGUGGCCAGGGGGCGCCACUCACUCCAGCGGCAGUUACUAAGUCAGGGCGCGGGCUGUCGGUGCACACACCCUUGGAUAGGCCACGUGACUAGGGCGGGAGGAGAGGGGGGAGGGGACGAUUUUUUUCAUCCAAGUCUGUCCGCUUGCUUCGAACUCUUAAACACAACUUGUCAAGUCGGCAAAAAGUUCCAGGGUUAUUAGGUCAGCUAUGGUCUCGCGGAACACGUGUCUUUACAGAUCCUUAAUUGACUUUCUACAACAAGGAUUCUUCCUCAUCUAAGUAAGAUGGCAGUGUUAGAUUCACAAAGCAGUUCUAGCGUAAUAUUCUCAGCAACCACCCCUAAAAAUCCCAUUCCUCCUAAUGUUCUAAUUUUUAAAAGCCAACAUUUUGGACUUAUCCAUCGCCGUUUAGUCUCAUCAACGGCCAAACGACAAAAUACUGCGUCGUCUGAGCCAGUGAGUAAUCAGCUUUGAAAUUUUCUGUGGUCGCUGAAACCAACAAAAUAAUAUAGCUGUUUAAAGUGAAAAAAACAAAACCAAAACAAAAUACAGUGUGUAACUUCGAGAAGUUUGGUUUAGUCUGUCGCUUACAACACGCAACAAGGCGAGGUGCACUAUAGGACAAGGUAGGACAAAGCUAGGACCAUUGUAGCUAUACCGAGAGGAUCAAACCAGAAACCGGCUUUGCGUUUCUUGGUGAAUUUGAAGGGACACAAAACUGAUCUAUGCCCUGGAACUAGUUGUCGGCUUGGUGACGGACAGACUGGAGUAGCGAGAACAGUAGGACUUCAACUCGGCCCCAUCUCUCUCCCUCUCUCGCUCAUUCUCGUUCUCGGCGAGGAGAAGCGGGACGAAAGGUCGAAGCAGAGGCAGGAAAGACCUGGACGGUCUUGCUGCAUGCGUGAUUUUUCCAUUACAAAAAAUAAAAAACCUAUUUAAAAGUGACUUCACUCAAGAGAGACAAGAGGAGUACUGGGAUCACAUCUUUUGGAGAUAACACUACAUCUCUAGACGAGGCGCAUGGUAUCUUUCACCUUCAGUAUUUACAUCUGUGUACAGAGACUGUUCAGUGUACAUAUUCAUGUGUACAGACCCUUGCUAGAUACGUUUAAUGGAGGGCUUUUAUUUGCCGGGACGAUGUCAAAAUGGCGGGUGACAUUAGCAAGUAUUAUACACAGACAUCGUGAGGCUGAAGGGUUAUAUGCCACUUCUGGUAAUAGAGCUCAACAAACACACCAACACUAGAUGCUGUCAAGCGCACACAGCUCACAUCUUUUUCAUGUCACGUGACACAAACAUUACACAGCAGCACCAGCGUCUGUCUAUUUUUCUGGAAACUGAGAUGGCGAGCGUCAGCAAAGACCAUAGAAUUUCAGCAAUCUCUUUCUAUCAUGAAUUAAUAAGAAAAACAACUGAAAGAGAUCAGUAUUACAGUAUUAAUAAUUUAACAUUCUGCUUCUUAAUCUGUCAGUAUUUUUCGGUAAUUUCCCAGAGCAGGAUUACACCUUUGGCCCACUUUGAAUUCCAGAACAUUUGGCUAUUGCUUCAUCCCAUCCCCUUUGUGGAAAACCUCCCAAAAAGAUCUGUCCCACUUGAGAGUGUAAGAAAUAUUUGCUGAAAUUCGUUGCGUCUUGUUACGACCAUUUGCUGGCUUUUAAAAAGGCGGUAAAUGUUUCGCUUCAUCGUCAGUCGUUGCGCUGUUCUCUGGACACAUCUCAAAACACAAAAACAAAGUGUAGGCGUCUCGGAACCCUGGGCGGCAGGCUUGCAGACGUUGGCUCCACUCGCGAUGACGAACAAGUAAGCCUGCAGUCUCUGGUGGUCGGCUCUGCCAGCAGCUGCCAGCCUGCCGCUCAGCCCUUCUACUGUUUCGGAGUGAGAGAUAGGACGAGGUUCGUUCGUGCUUACGCUUGGCUCACCGCGCUGUUUUAGUUUGGGUCGUCUGGUCGUGAUGUAUGUUAGUGCUUGUGACACUCAAUCCCAUGGCAUCACGGCGGUGGCUGAGGCAUUCGGUUACAGCAACAAGGUGCUCAAUGUGUGUCGUGUGCAUGCAUUCGAUCUAGUUGAACACAGCUGUGUCGUGCUGUCUGUUUCCCCACUUUUCUCCCAUCUUUAUGUUGACUCGUGCUUUCAGAGAGCUUGUCCACAACUGGGACAACAGCAGCAUCCUGCUGUACAGCACUACACGCGAUAAUACUGUGUAGAGAAAAGGUUUCCCUGUAGAAUACAUUUUUUUUUUAUUAAAAAAAAACUGAUCAUGAGAAUUUGCGGGAAAAAAAGUGUUUCAAGUUAAAUCGACAGAAGAAUUUCGCAUAUUGUUACCAUUUUAUACUUAUAGAAGAUAAUCUGAUGUGCAUGUGUGGGUUUUUUUUUUUUAUUUGAAACAUCUGUGUUGUAGACUUAGUAGAAGCUGAUCAGAAAACCAUUUUCGGAUCUAGUCAUUGUAUGGUGCUGAUCUGUUUUGCAGACGCCAAGCGCAUCGUGUGGUCAAACCACGGUUUUAAGAACGUUUUUUCAGAACUAAAAACACUGAAGCGAAACCGAUAUGGCUGUUUGUUACUCUUGUCAAUUUUAGUAGAAUUCACCAAGUCUAAUUCUGCUCAGUUUUGGGAAGCAUUCCAUAUCGCCAUCGUGCCUAGUUCAGGGGAGAGGAGAGCCGGCCAAUCAAAAUGGAGAUUGCAGGUAUCUGUUCGUCAGCGCGAUGGUGGCCUCCCCCUGGCUGGGCAAGAUGGCGACUCUCACGACACGUCCUCGUGCAACUCGCGAUCUGUUUGUGCGGUGUUGUGGAACUUUUGUAACCCGACUUCGAUUUGCAGGCAUGCACGCAUGCACGCGCAUUAGUCGCGUGUGUGUUGCUGUGUGUCUGUGUGUGCGUGUGUGUGUGUUGAUUGCGUGAGAAUGCGAGCUUACACCGCGUAAGGAUCUGUGUUGAAACUUUUGCUUUUUCAAAAAAAUAAUUUAACGUACCACAGUGAAAACUUGCUUCCGAUGAACCCUGCCAUGUACGUGUGUUUUAUGGUCUGUGCCAAUCAUUUUUUUCUGUAUGUAUGAAGUGUUUAUUGCUUGCAGGCCAACACAUAGCACAUUUGACCCACAAUGCAUGUGGUCAGGAGAAAUGUUGAUCAGCAUCCUAAUUAAUACUUAUUCCACGUUUAUCAAAGAAAGUUUAUCUUCUAAAGAUAACAUUUUCAAUUAAUCGUCUGUUGAAAUUUUGAACAAUGUUCUUAUGAGAACAUGAAUGUAUAGCAUGUUAUUAACACAGAUAUAAGCGACGCUUACAAAUCUUUGCUGGAAACUGUUCUCUGUUUCUGAUCAAGACUGUUUUCAGUUUCUCUCAAUUGCUGUACUGUAUUGCAGUCUGUUUAGCCGUUGAUUACUUACUGCUUGCAGUGUAUAUUAUAAAAACAAAUCAUUUCACACAUAUAUUUGAUCUUCAAAAACUUUUGUGUCUUAACUAAAAAUCUUGCACUGUCAACAGCCAGUUCCCUCUGCUAACAUUUCAUUUUAAACUGAAAUGAGUCGUUUUAGCCGUGCCAUUGCUUCAGCUAGAAUCACGUUUUCACUUUUACUUAUUUUCUUUUUUUUUUUUUUUUUUUUGUCUUUCACUUUCAAGGAAAAAAAAAUUUUUUUUUUUAUUUGCCACCAGCUUGUAAACUGGUGAAGAGUGAUUUUUGCAGCUUGGCUAUGACAACAAAUUUGUAUUUAAAAAGUCUACUUAAAACUGCGGUAGGACCUACAUGUAGAAGGUAAUCAAUCAGAACUCAAUCAGUCCUGCUUUGUGAUGAUCAACAGUUCAGCUAGCUAGUCGAUGUUUCGGUUCACCCAACCGAAACUUGUUAGUCUAUUGACACACCAACGCAUCUGCCUUUAUAAGAAAAUUACAUUAGUAAAGAAGCCUAAUAUAGAAAGCCUAUAAUUAGGUCGCCUAAUAAAAGAUUUUCUGAACUAAACGAUUUACUUAAAGAUUUAAGAUCAUCUUAAAGAUUUUUAAUAAAUUUUUAAUUCGAGGAGAACUUCUUUCAGAAAACGCCAAUUGUUUUCGCCUUUUUUUAAUUGUGGUAAUAAACAAAGGUUUAAAAAUCUUUUCCGUUCCAAAUCACCCUUCAUCCAGUAAAUAGUAGAAUUUACUUACACUCCCAGCUUUUGCAUGUAACUGGGUCAACGUAGUAUCUUCAUUUUUCCCUUUUCUAGAAAACUGUCCAUGUCCUUUUUUUGUAAAGCGGUGUAUUUUUCUUGCUUAGUUUCCAGUAGUUGUCUAUCGCAAGAUAUUUCCUUAAAUAAGUAAUGCCAGAACGUUGUCACGUAGAAAACAUAAACUUAGUCUUUCUAUCUCCAGUCUACCAACACUACCCUCCGCUUUGUUAAAGGGAAACCUUAUAUUUAGCCUCUAUUCCUUCCAAAUAGAUGCAUUUCCUUUGUAUUUUCGCUUUAUAUUCUGGAAAAUGUUGCUUGUAACAACAUCCAGUUGUUUUAGGUACUUAAACUUUUCAUUUCGCCAAUCAGCAGGUUUUUUUUUACAUUUGACUGUAUUCUUUUGUUUGACUUCGUUCUGACACCUGUAAUCUCCCAAAUGCAAAAAUCAAAACACGUUUGUUCAUGAGCUUACAUCUUUUUCUCAAUGGAUAGAACUCUCAUUCUAACCUUGUAGUUGUUUAUCAUUAGAUGGUCUGGGCUAUUGUCUACACCGAGUUGUUUUUUUUUUUUCUUUGUUUUCCUUUUUUUUUAUUUUUGUCGUUAUGAGCGCGAGCUAGCGACAAAAGAACUGCGUUCUUUACACGAGAAAAAAAUUCUGCAUAACAUUAAAUUGGAGAAAUGAAAUCAACGACAAUCUGGAGAUGCAGUACACCAUUACUAUAGCAACUCGUGCCUUUCGAAUCACAUCUAGGAGAAAGCAGCUAAUUCUUUCGCAUCAGAUACAGCGGUGCUACCUUUAAGCCUGCUGUUUCACAAACUGGCUUUUCCACAACCUAUCUGUCCUUCAAGUUUUACACCUUCAGCAUUUAUUUCUUGUCUUGUAUUGUUUACAUUUGCAAUGCAGCUUUGUAUAUUUUGAAUUUUUAUUCAUCACUGACCAGUGAUUGUCAGAGCCGGUGUGUUGUACAGAUUCUAGAUAUCUAAGCUGAAUUAGCUUUGUCAGUUUUCUGAGAUUCAUUCUUAAUCUUUACCAAAAAAAGAAAAAGAAAAAAAAAACCAAAAUCUUCCAGAGUCGCUAACGCGAUUUUGGGGUCUCAGAACUUACUUAUUCACACUAUUGGGAUGCUUAUCAUGUACACUUGUUCUGGUGACAUGUCAGAACCUGAUGUUUCUUGUCCAACAUAAUGGCGUGUUGUACCUAUACAUAUAUAAAUAUGUGUCUUUAUUUACAUUCGGCAUCAAAUGCCAGGUUUUGUGCAUGGAGGUUUGUUUCUAAAGUGGUUUGACCCUUUUUCUGUUUUUUAAUUCCGAGGUGCUUUUUUGUUUGUUGACUAUGCAGUAAUGUGGAGUGGUAGAUGAUUUUUAGUUUCUGCCGUGCGUGGAGGCGUGAGAGUGCGUUAGCGGGACUGUCUUCGCCGAGGACUACUGCAAAGCGUGUGGAGGAGCAGCGCCCCCUUUGUCUCGCCCUCAUCCCACGUGACUUGCCGACUCCGUGUCUGAUCACGCGCACACGAGCCCCCCUUUCCCCAUCAGGUUGCCGUUCUUUGAUACCUUCGUGUCUUGCUUCCUUUUCUGCAUUGUCGGUUUUUUAAAUCUCGAGAAGACGAAUUUUCAUUUUCGUGCUUUAGACCAUGUUUGCUUUACAUGUUCAUAAUUAUGAUAGCAGAACCUUGCCGCAUAUCUCUUGUAUCUUGAACAGGUGGGAGGGGUAGAGGAUGGAGAGGAAAGGGAGGGGGAUGCUGCACGUGAAGCUGUGUGUUGUGACAUGCGUGAUGUGUGUGUUGAGCUGCAUGCGUGCGUGCGUGCGUGCGUGCGUUCAAGAGGCGGGAUGGGGGACAUGGAAUGUCGCAUACUGUUCUUUAUGGCACAAGAACUUGUGUUCAGUCGAUAGAGAACCGGAAAGAAGAUUCGAGGUGACGACUUUUGUAUAUUUGAGUCAAGUAGGUCUUUUUAUCUUUCAGAUUAUGAUGCGAAAUUUUAAAAAAUGCUUCUCGUAAAUUGUUUUGUGAGAUUCAUGUGCCAUAUGUAUUAUGAUCAAAAUCCCUAUGUACCACAGUUAAUUUGUAUGAUAUAUAUGUAAAUGUUUGCAGUCACCCCCUUCCCUUGACACCCUCCCGUCGCAGCAUGUAACGAUCGUCAUUGAAGUAGCGUGCCCUUCUCGUGAUACGCGGUCAUGCGCGUGCAAUCCAAACGAUUCCGACUCUCGAUGUAGAUGUGACUUUGGUCUUUCCAAGCUUUAAAGCUGUGGAUCGCUUAGUUCUUCACACUUUCAGAGCUCUCUGUAAAUGGGACUACUACUACUAUUACUCCUACUACUAAACAAUAGCCAUUCAUUCAGCUGUUCCAAACAGCCGCAUGCCCGUAGCUCAUACGACGACGAUUUGCUCAUUCAGUAGGUUUUCUUCUCUCUCUGCAGCUGCGACUCUGUUGGUGAUGUUAAAGACUAGUUGUUGGUUUGUACGAGUGGGUACGGCACCGUUCACUUAUAUGAUGAAGCUCUUCAUUGUUGACAUAAUUUUACAGCCCCCCUCUCCAGCCCCUGGCUCUCCUACCCUCUUCCCCCCUCCCACUGUCAUGUUGACUUGUUUACUUUCUCCCGUGUUUUUUGAUCUCUCGGCAUGUGGUGGAGGUUACUAUUUCUCAUUGUCGUGAGAUUUGCGUGUCGUUUGUUGACUGUCGGUCCACUUACAUGUACAGAGGCGUUCAUGUUUUUGUCAGUCGCUGAGUGCACAUUUCCGAUGGUCUGUGAAGUAGUGCUCUCUCUUUCCUUCUCUUCGUCAGAACCUCUUCAACUUGCGAUGCAGCAAGUCAGACGGAGCGUGGUUUUAACUGAGGGCUCAUUUAUAGGGCACCUGCUCUGCUAGGAGACCGUCUGAUGGCUUAUAAUCUGUCUAUUGUUUGCGAAUUAGCCCACCCGUUACUCACCCACCCACAUUACCCUCUUCUUUAAACAAGGUAUCCAAAUAUCUGUGGAUGUAACUCCUUUAGACAUGUACAAUGUAGAUUAUUUCAUUUUGAAAUCAGUUCAUCUGUCGAUCCCACGCACCGUAUCCAGUGACAGUUUCCCCUAGUCAGCCAUUCUUAUCGACAGUUUCACUUUAAAUGAUUUCAAAGAACGUGGCGUAUGUAACAGCAAGCCACGUGGAGAUCAUCCAACAAUUAUUCUGGGCGCGAGCCCGUGUCUGUCCCCCUCAAACAUCUUCUUGGCCUGCGGCGAGCUUUUGUAACCAGUGACAGUCGUGUACCUAGUUUGCUGCUCCGCUAGCGACUUCUUUUUUUCUCUCUUUCUCUCUAUCUCGUACUGACUUGUACGACUGGCCUCUUCUACGCAUGCGCAAACAACCAAAUGCGGUCGCCAGCUUAACGAGUCUUGACUAUGAUCUUUUGACUGUUCAGUCAUUCUGUAAAAUACAAGACUACACCAAAGCCCACACAGUAUCAUGGAGGUAACACGACAAAAGCAAUCACUAGUCAAGCUACUUGAAGUACUGCAUUUUCACUACACACCGUCAAGGGACAAAUUGAAAUUCGGUCUGCGCAUGCGUCCCUGAAGUCAGCACAGGGAAAAAGUCACCUCCCGCGAAAAACGUACAGCCACCAUCCAAAACUAAACUCUUCCCCACUCUCUCUCCUCCUUUCACUCUCCUUGCACUCAUUUCUGACACACACACACACAGAUAGAUGACAUAAGGAAAUAAAGGAAUAAAAUAUCCUUGACCCACACAUCAGUCGGUGACCUCCUCAGAGAAGUAGGGAAAGAAAGCCAACGACGUCUUCCAUGCAGGGCGCACUAGGCAGCUUGUGGCUCUGGUCCCCAGGGAGCUUGUGGCUCUGAUCCCUAGGGAUUUCUCAGUCGACGCUCAGUUGAUCAUGCCCCUUGUACCAUCUCUUUGUUCAUGCAGCAGGGGGAGUUCUCUAACCGUGUACAUGCAGCCCGGGGGAGUGCUGUACCUCUGUACAACUGUUUCCCAGACAACGAUCUUGUUUCUUGGACUUGAUAUUUCAGAUGAUUAAUAACCGUACUACAUAUUAGUACUCCUACGAACAUUGAAUGUAUGCCAUUUUAAGUCGAUGUCUCUCAUGGUUGUGGAAUGACGAAUUCUUUCAUGUUUCACCUUUACCAAAAAAGAAAAAAAAAGUCUCGCACGUGAAUGUCUGGUUCCUUGUCUUGUAACGUCUCGGUUUUGUUUUUUUUUAACGUCCUACCACCUCAUCGUUGUUCUUGCAUUCUCAGUUUAUUAUUUUUUUCUGUCUGUGAGCAAAACAGUGGACAGCUGUUGUCUUAAAUGGACAAAAAAGAAAUGUGCUAGCCAGUGAGAGCUUGUCAGCGGGCGUUACUUCCAGGCGUGGAUAGUGGAUGGCAGAGCGAAGUGUCACGUGAUAUCCACAACGAUACCUGCUAGCAAGGUGGUCCUAUACACGUUACACAUCUAUAACGCACAAAAGCUUUCUCUUGAUAUAAGAACUUCUGAAAGUAUUUCAUGCUGGUCAGACUUUCUUCGGAAACAAAAGAGCGAGUUUAUAUUAAAAAAAAGGCUCUCAGCAUAUCGCCAGUAUCGCAGUGUUAAAACUACGCCCACUGAACGGCUCUCUGUUGUAUCAUAUUGCAGAUCCUCUAUUGUGAUGUUGUUCUAUUGUUAACACUCAUUGUUACAUUUAUUCUCUCGUUCUUUGUCGGUUUUUUUCCACCUAGGUCAAAGUCAGAAUCCCUUUUACCGAUAUGUUUAUUCCCCCUCCCCUCCUGGCCACUGAAGAUUAUGUUGCGAGUCUGUUGACUGGACUGAAUAGCUCAAGAUACAAACAGAACUUGUGUCAUGGUGUCGAUCAUUACUAUACUUCGCUCCAAGUAGCCUAGAGCUGUGCUCUUUUGAUCUGUGAAUUUUGUGAUUUUUUUGUGAAAGCUCCCACGAAGUUUCAAUGACAUUGCAACUCCUUAUGUGAUAACUAGAUGCCUUUGUGAAUGGAAAACUAGAAAGCGAUGUAAUGAAGUAGAAAUGUUUUUAGAUCAUCAUGCUUGGAGGUACAUCAACAUUGCCUGUACAGUAUGGCGACAUAAUGUCUCCUUCGCUAAGGCGUAGUUCUUACUGUUAGUCUCAAACGUAAGGUAACACUGGGAGAGUGCGUGGUACAAGCUGUAAGCAGCGACAUCCUGUUAGAAAAUGUAUGACAAUUCGCAGCGUUCUUCCUGCGACCAGUACCGAGGCCAUGCGAUGGAUGCGCAGGACGAUAGACUUCCGGUCUGCUGGAGUUGUCCACCUUCUCGCUGUGACGAUCAGCGGUGUUCCAUAGCGCCAUCUCUCCGUCAGCCAGCGCGGCAUUGUGUCGCUCACUUCCACAGACACAAUCGUUUGGCAGUUCCGUUAAUUCGGUUGAGAGUAUGGGUGGGUUAGGGUUGGGUGAAAAUUCCAACGGGAUCCGACACGUUGUCGUUAAAUGACAUAUACUGCCUUACCGCCUAGCGGUGAUGCUACGUUAUGUUAUAGAAGAAAAAUACUAAGCAAAUGAAGGCUUAUCAAAUUCCUAUUCCGAGAAAUGUUGGGGUUUCUGUAUGUUUGAGGUUUCUAAUGCAAACGAAUUCUGUCCGUACCAUGCUUUUACGGGAAUCAUUAUACAACACUUCACAAAGCUCUCACUCUGUCGUGCCCUUACACAGCAGAUGGUCUGAAAGACUUAAGAAAAUAAAAUGGGCACAUAUAUGGCAGCAGAUCGUGGCCUCCGCUUCAUCAGUAGAAUUAGGUUUUUUUUCUGUUGACAAUUUCUUUAAAAUGCUUGCUACUCGCUGUAAUUUCUUGGCCACCCCUAAUCUACAGAGAGAAAAACACCAACAGGAGAAAGAUUUAAUGACUGUAAAGUUUGAAUUGUUCAAUGUUUUCGAGCUGUAUUACUAUGUUUUAGUCGUUGACAAUGUGGCGGUCAAGCCACAUUUACAAGUUUUGGCAGUUUCCACUCUAAGAAAAACAACAAAGCGGACCUUGUUUUCAGUUCCUCUGACAGAGUUGUAGUCACAAGUUUCUUGUUGGAUAUUUUUCUGCUAUACUGCUACUUACAAAGGCAGCAACAUUCGGAAAAGCAACUUUUUCCAUGUUAUGCAAUUCUUUAAGUGUUUUUAUGCCUCAUGGCUUGGUGCUGUUCUCUUUUAGUAGAUAGGAAUUGCAAAGAUGGGUAAGAGACUUUCCGUUUAUCAUUUUAUCGCCCACUUCCCCCCCCCCACUUCUCCCCUCUUCACUCAACGCUUGGUUUCGCCUGCGUGGUGCGCCCCCUUUCUCUUUGGUUCCUUGUGCAGUAGUUUUGCCAAAGCACUGCAUGGCGGUUUCUAUUUAGCUUUUAAUGCAAAUCAAUGCCUUGCAGUUCUUGGGCUCUAUACACAUGGGGUGGUCCAAGCACAGAAGAGAAAAACAAAUCUAUAUCAGCAAAUUAUACCCAGCUCUUAAACAUUACUACACUGACUGCCUGUUUCGAAACUUUACUAAACGUCCUUUUUUUCAGCCAAACUCUUCAAACUUUAACAAAAAAUGGCCUUAUCGUAGCAGACAGCGAGUUUCACUUUCGGGUGCUUGUUCUUUUCGAUUAAAGCUGCGUUUUCCGGCGGAACACACGCACGUCUGCGCUGUUUGUUUCUGUGUAACUCACCUGUCAUGUCAUUUGGUCUUGGAACAGAAAUCAUUGUGAUAGAGGGUCCUUUGUCUGCGGCGUAUCAAGAACUAGAUCAUUUACAGGAUCCCAGAAGUACACAGUUGCUGAGGUAGCAACUUUAAAAAAGUAGCCUUUGUACCCAGUGUUUUAUCAUUACAUAAAUGCUGUAUGGUAGAUGUGUAACCUUGAUGUCGGUGGUGUCAGCUGUCUUCUAUUGCUAAAUGUAUCGAUGCUUUGUUAAAUAAAAAAUGCGAAAAAAAGUGAA